CCGGUGUCUUCGAGGAGGUGGAACUUGAGAGCCAGGAGGCGGUGUAACGAUGUAAUGGGAGUGUACAUGUAUCACUUUCACUGCACCAGCCCACACACGACCCGUGCGUUAUAUGCAGGAGCGCAACUAUCGUUGGGGGUAUGUAGCAGCGUUAUGCAAUGCAUAGGGGCCCAGUCGGUCACAAGGGGGGCCCGAAUGAACAGAUUAACAAGUAACAAAAUGUUAAGAAAAUGUAUUACGAAACAAAGUAUUCAUUAAAUAUAACAUGCGGUCUACCUUGGACCAAGCCCGACUAACGGAUCUGGCUAUCGUAUCAAUAGAGCAGCAAAAAGUUGCGCGAUCCACCCCCUUUGAGGUAACUCAAGAGCGAUGGGGCCGGCAUGAAAGCAAGACGCACGAUAACUUCAUUGUUCUGGACCCACACUACGGGAUGUACGUGUGGCCCUGUUCCGUCGUGCUUGCGCAGUUCGUGUGGCACAACAGGGCACUUGUCAGAGACCAGCUCGUGCUCGAGCUCGGGGCUGGCACGGCAUUACCGGGCAUCGUGGCUGCCAGGUGUGGUGCCACUGUCACUCUGUCCGACCUGCCCCGGUGCCUUCCCAGUUGCGCUCACAGCUGUCGGGUCAACGGCCUCGAUGGCUCCGUGCCAGUCUUGGGUCUGCGCUGGGGCCUAGUGACCCCCUCGCUCGUCACAAUGCCGCCCCUGGACAUUAUCCUCGGUUCCGAUAUCCUCUACGAGCCACGUGAUUUUGAAGCUGUGCUGGUGACCGUGUCUUACCUUCUCAACAAGAACCCCCACGGACAGUUCUGGACCACCUACCAGGAGCGCAGCGCGGAGUGGAGUCUGGAACCCCUGCUCCUCAAAUGGGGCUUCUGCUGCCGCUUGGUUGAGCUGGCCGCCUUCCGCGGCGACUCGCCCACCCUGGCCGGGUCGUCGCUGCCUGGAGACCACACGGUGCACAUGUUCAUCAUCACGCGUGUCAUCACACACGAUACCACCCAGCGGGACUUAGCGUGGAGUUCCAACCAGCGGUAAUUAAAUCGUGGGGUUUGUUUCCCUAUCACAGUCCGUUAUGCUAUAAACGCGUAGUUUUCAUAACGUGAAUUGGAUAUACUGUAUAUAUAAAACACAAUGUAUUGGAUAACGCAUUUUUUUAUAACACGGACGUGAAUUGGAUAUAACGCGGCUGACUGAACAGAACUACGUCACACGGGUAGGAAUAAGCGGUUGUACGGGUACAUGAGGCAUUGGGAUGCUGCUGGAUGCUUCUAGAUGCUACACACGUGCACCCUCAGUCUUCGUUCAGCCUGUGUAGGCAUCUCACGUGUUAUUGCGGACUGAGCUUUACCAUGAUCGUUUCAAGGAGCCAUUUUAUCUUCUUGUGGUAAGUGUUAAAACAAGUUCAUAAGUUUAUUUACAGCUCAUAAUUGUUUCUAAUGGUAAAAAAAAAAGAUUGUAUCAUUAAAAACUACUAAGCAAGCCGUUUCACGCCCUUCAUAAUUUUCUCUCUUCACCCUCCUCCAUAGUGACUAACACCGUAGUGUGCAUUUUUCACUAAUUUUCAUGUUUUUAUUCAAUUAACGAAUAAUAUCAAACUAAAACACAGAAAUUAUAAAAGAACACGUACAAAAUAACAACAUUGACUAAUUAUUGUGAAAAGUCAGUCAUGUUGGUGUUUUAGAAACCUGCUACCCCCUAACCCCUUAAUUCCCAUUGACUCAAUGGUUGUUAUGUGAUUUUUCCAAACCGCGGUGUUCUUGAGGAACGCAACUACGAGGCCUCGGCAAGGUAAGGUAAAAGUUAAAAUGUAAAAAAACAAGCCUAACUUUACCUUACCUUUUACCUUACCACAAUACAAUCACUCUACCCUUCCUUUUACCCUUUAGCAGGUAAGGUAAAAUGUAAAAGAUAGAAAGCAACGAGCCUACCCUUACCCCAUACAAAUUACCCGAUUACAGGGUAAUUACUGGGGUACUACUACACAUGCAAAAGGUUUUUAAUGGUAAAUGCUAGGCAGAGCACUUUAUUUAUAGAGAAUACUCUCCAUGAUUCUAAUUUUACACGCUUUUAACUCACUUUGUUGUUGUUGUCGUAUCCUCAAAUCUUGUAACUCAAUUUAAACCCACUUCCCAAUGUGGUAUCGACUUCAAACUUGGUAUACUUAUGUCAUACUGAUGACAACACUAUAUUCUAUCAUUAAAAAUAUAUAUUUUUAAACAUUAUUUUGUAUAUGUUAUGUUUCGGCUUGGGUCUAAUUGUCCACGCUCAACUGAUGUUGGCUGUAAUUGGCCACGGUCCCUUACGUUAUGGCAAGCUUCGGGGCCAUUCCUGGAGUCGUGGAGUUCUGCCAUUACUAGUGCAUUUCAUUAAAGCGUGUUUUUAAAACAGUGUUUUUCUUUAUAUUACUUAUUAAAUGGAGGCCACGGACUGCCCCACGGAGCUUUUAGCGGUAAACAAGGUACCAUAUUUACCGAGUAAUACUUCGCGCUAACUUUACCUUACCGGGUAAUUCUUCCGAGCUACCUUUACCCUACCCUUUACCUUACCUCUUGGCAUUUCGACACCUUUACCCUUUGCCUUUACCCUUUUACCCGGUAAAAAGGGUAAAUUACCUUACCUUGCCGAGGCCUAGCAACUACCGCGGUUUUCAUAGUGAUACAGUAGGUAGACUACACAGUGACGCAGCGUGUAGACUACACAAUUGCAUUGUAUAGACUAUAUACAUUACACAUGUUAUACAUAAUAUUCUAUUGCAUUUACUAUUUAAUUUAAUUACACAUCCAUCACAGAUAUAUCAUUUUUAAACCAGCCAACCUGUAGAAGACACAGUGACACAGUGGGUAAACGACACAGUGAUACUGUGAAACCAAAUACCCUCCAGAGCAGCGGUAGGACACAACGGACCAUCCCUGGAGCCCCUCGUCGUGAUGACCCUGGUCUCAGUGUGCCUCCAGGGCAAUGCAUGGGGUCAUGAUGAGUGCACAACAACCGCCAUUCACUACUAAGUGGCGGUGACGUCACCACGGCGCUUGUGCCAGGCUAUGUGCAUGUUGAGGCCACGUGAAGUGUCGAACGCCCGUUGGCAGGAGGUCAUGGGGCAGACCCAGGUGCCACGGGUUGACUGACUGAGAUGACUGCCCAAUGCGCCACCUGUGCCUUACUGUGCCAACUUGCUGUUUUUUAUCCACCCGGCACUCCGCUCGUUGUGAGCUCGCUCCUCUGCCCUCCGUUGUUGUUGGAGGGCGACUGCCUCCAACUGUCCAGUAGAAUCCUUCACAAGCCUCCUCCACAGAGGCUGAUCUUGACACUGCUGGUACCAAUCAUUGCAAAGUCCACUCAGCUCCACGUCCUCCUGUACCACAUCACUCCAUCUGUUCUCCAGCCCGUGCUAUGCCCAUUUAGCCCCCUCUAUCCGGCCGAACAAAAGCUGUCUAGGCAUGCGGUGGCUGGGCAUGUGGGCUACAUGACCCAGCCAACGCAGCCUUCCCUGGCAGAGGAGCUUACCGAUGGGACUUUGUCGAGAUCUUUCAAGGAUUUGUGAGCUCCUCACACAAUCCAGCCUGGUUAAACCCAGGAUGGAUAAUAGGCAGGCUCGCCUAAAUGUUUCUAACUGGCGAAGAUAUUCCAUUAGGGGGGUCCACGUUUCGCAAGCGUAGAGAAGGGAGGGCAUGACUGUGGCCGAGAAGACCUGAAGCUUUGUGUAGAGAUACAGACCAGGUAGCUUCCACACAGCAUUACGCAACCAAUGAAAAGAUAAUGCCGCUCGACUGAUUCAGAGUGAGACCUCUGCUGUCAAACCAGAGCCGCUCAUGAGCACACUGCCCAGGUAUGGGAAGCUCUCCAUCACCAAUUGGGAGUUGUGGGGGUGGAGUGUCGAUGGUGCAAAAUACCCAGGCAGGUGCUUAGUUUUGGUGGGGUUGAUGGUAAGGCCUCACCUUUUAGUGGCACGCUUCAGGUUCAGCAGAAGCGCCUCCAAUUUCUCCUCUGAGUGAGCAGCAAUUACCAGAUCAUCUGUAUACAUAACAUGGUUGACCAAUAGGGAGCCAUCCCCUGACUGCACCCGGGCAUCGAUCAGCCUCCCAUUGUAUCUGUACCAUAUGUAAAUUCUUCCGGUACAGCAAUCUAAGGCUUUACGAACUACGUGGGCAAAAUAGAUGUUCAGUAAUGUUGGAGCCAGAGGACAUCCCUGUCGCACCCCACGGUGAAUGGCCCGCUCACCAUUAUGAAGGUCCUUAAUGAUCGUGAGCAGAGAUUCAGGGACUCCGAAAGCAUGAAGAACAACCCAGAGCCCAGGCCUACUGAUGGUAUCAUAGGUCUUAAGCAGGUCAAUAAAGCAGAGAUGUAGGUCUUGUUGGAAUUCCCUACACCUCUGCUCGAGCAGACGGACAGAAAUAUAGCAUCUGUGCAAGAAAGGGCGAGCACCUGUGGUGCCACGACCGUGGAGCAACUCCGCAAGUGCCGCGAUUUUCCACUACCCCCCACCCUGAGCACAUGCAGAACAUGCACCCAUGUAGUGUCCUGGCGGGGGAUUGCCUGGCACAUCGGGUUUUAAUCUGAAGGGCCCCUAGAGGGAAAGUCCUACGGUUUCCCAGUGGCAGGAGGUUACAUUCUGAUGCCCCUAAAAUUGGUUUAAAAUUGUAUGGGCGCAGAAAGAAAAGGUUCACUGGACCAACCGCAAUGAGUUACUCACAACAUUGGGGGGAGGACGGAGGGCGGAAUAUUAAGAAAAGUGCAAGCGCCCUUCCAGACAAUGGGCAACGAGGGACAAUGGGUGGCCAGCGACCGUCUCCAUGGACUAGAGGAAGGACGCGGUAACAGGGGGACGGUAACCACAGAUAAGCGCACGAUGGGCCGCGCGGUACAAUGGCACCCUGGGCCUUUAAAGUUAAGGGAAUAAAAAGAGUAGCCUGGGACGAUUUUGGCUCUCUCUUUGGCUCGUCCUUCUCUCUCCGACUCUCACAGCGUCUGUGCGACGCUGUGAGUACAGCUUCGAGGUACGUGAUAGGACGUGUGAAUGACUAGGUACGUAGGCAGAGUUAGGCUAGGCUCUUCUCGCAAAAUAUUCCCCCCGGGUAGUGUGUAAUUUCGCCGUGAAUAAACGUUAGCACAGAUUAUCGGUGCAGUGUGAUUUGUGUGUGUGUGUGUGGAGCAGCUGCGUGGGCGGGUGAGCAGCGAGGGCAGAGCCACAGCACGCGCGCUCGUUAUAUCACCAGCAUGUGCGUGCGUGUUCACGCCGCUGCUGUAGCAUUAGUCAUUGUGUGGACGCGGUGUGGGAUACAACCGCCCACCGACGCGCAUGUGUUCGUGCAGCCGCUUUAGCGGUAGUCUUUGUGCGUGAGCGGAUUAGGGUUUAACCACCCGGAGGCGUGCACAUAUUUGUGCAGCCGCUUUAGCGCCAGCCUUUGUGUGCAAGCGUAUGAGCCUAUAACUACCCGCAGACGUUCGCGCAGCCGUUCAGUGUCAGGCUUAGUGCGGUGCGCUGCAUUAUUGUAAGUAGCGUGGGCACACGUGCGGAGAGGAGAGCGCUACAGGCGGGGGUGCGGUCGUAUCGCGGCGCGCCGCAUCGGCGUGAGUGAUGGUGUGCGCAGGAGAGCGAGUGUAGAGCCGCAGCACAAGCGCUCGUUAAAAUAACCGCCCGCAGAAGCGCGCAAGUUCGCGCCGCCACUAUAGCGCUAGUUGUGGUACGUGCGCAUAUUAAAAUAUAAGCGCCAGCAGGGGCAAGUGCGUCCAUGCAGCCGCCUUCGCAUUAGUGAUGGUGUACGGGGACGUGUAUGGAGUAACCCCGUGUGGUUGUGAGCCAGCGCUGUAGCCAUGUCCCUCAGAGCGCCAGCGCGGGGAGGCCGAUCACCUGGUUGGCGGGGGCCCGGCGGGAGCCAAUCGACGCAGUGGAAGAGGGAGUGGAAGGGGCGUAUGUCACGCCCCACCUGCCCAGCGAGGGUGUCAGAGGUGGUAUGACUCCCCACACCUCCAAGGGAGAGAAGCGCCCCACCCCAAGCGAAAAUAAGUGUUCACCGAGCAGGGAAUUCCAUCAUGGAAAUCGUUUGGAUGGGCGGGCAGCCGACUUUGUGGAAGCGCUACCCACAAGCACGCAAGCGCAUUGGGGAGAGUUAAUGCACCGCCCUCGGCCAACGCUUCGGUGCGUGCUACCAGGAAGAGGCAAAGGCAGCAUUAAAUGCGUGAGAAAGUUCAGCAGUAUCUGAUUAGCACGAUGGUGGCAGCCAGAUGCGAACUGCCCGUAUCCCCUAUUUAACACCCUUGUCGAGCGCGCGCACGUGUGGGAAAGAUUUGCUCGUGAGCGUGCACAUGUCUGAGGGCUGGGAUGGGAGCACACCAUGGCAAGCCGUCUUCCAGAGGAAGAGGAGGAGGAGCUCCCCAGGACGGUGAGGAGGGGGCCAAGAAAGCCCCUGAGACCUAGUGAGUCCACCCCGGGAUGGGUGGCAGGCUUACAAACUGGCCUAGGAGAUAUAGCCGAGCAGGUGACCCAAGUACACGGAAAUAUCGACAAGCUGCAGUCCACAAUGGAGGUGGUCCAGUCCGAGGUGGGAGGACUACGCUCCACGGUAGGGGGGAUAACCGGGUGAAUGUCUCAAUUAGAGGCAGAGCUCGAACAAAUGCGCACUGGGAAGGGGAAGGGGGAGUGAGCAAGGGGCCUCUUAUGGAGCCACCACCCUUCCCUGCGCGUGCUAUAUAUGCGACCAACGGGGGCAUCUCGUGAGAGACUGUCCCCAGAUCGCCCGCGCUAGAAAAGCACCAUGGUUUAAACACCAAGGCCUCCCUAGAGAGGGGAUCACCGAGGCGUACAAUUAACAUGGUCCCAACACAAACUGUAAUGUUAAUGGCGAGCGAGUGACCCCUACGCAGAUGCCGGCAACAACACCCAAGAACGCGGUGACUUCGGGCGACUCGCUAUGGGAGCUGGUGGCAGGAAUCACGGGGGCCACGUCACUGGUGGAAGGGCAGGUGAACAGGCAGCGUAUCCGGAUUCUGCUGGACAUGGGGGCGGUAGCCUCACUCGUGAGCACAACACACUGCAGCAUGGUCGGGCUUGACGUGGGCCACCUACAGGCCCCGGAUCGCGCGCUGCACACUGCAAGUGGAGCUGGGAUGGGACUGCUGGGGAGGGUCACUCUUGAGGCCCGUCUCGGACACCAGGUGUGUGUCCAGGAGUUCUAUGUGUUGAGCGUGUUAUGCCACGAGUGUAUUGCAGGUACCGACCUCCUGGAAAAGUUGAGACUCAACGUACACACCCGCCAGCGAUGCGCCACCGUGGAGGGCAGCGGGGAGCAGAUUCUGUCCUUUGGACAGGAGCUGAGUCGCCCCCACUUCGAGCCCGUGGCCUCUAUCCUGGCGUCGGCCGUCACCUUUGGCCACCUCGUAGAGAUGCUGUUGCCGAUAGUAACGCCCCCCACCGGCCCCUGUCACUGACGAUCGGGAGAGGUAAUGUUGACUCCUCACCUGGAGUUGGCGACACGGUAUGGGGUUGUAGGGUCGGCCACGUUGGUAAACACUGAUGGGGGCCGGCUAUUUCUGCGAGUUUUUAACCUCCACAGUACCCCAGCAAUGCUGUGACGGUGCACCACGCUAGAGUGGCGAGCGUGCAGGGGUUACACACAUCUAUGGGACAGACCCCAUUCCUAAUGGUCGUGAGUCUCGCCUACCAGCAGACCUGUUGUUCGGCGUUCCUCCGCCACAACCGGAGGAAGGGGAGCCAGCGUGUGGUACACCUGAUGGGGACCUUGCAAGGGGCCCAUGUCACGCGCCCGCCCCCGUAUGGAGACCCCCUUCUACUCGGCGGGCUCAAAAGUAUGGCUGCACACCCCACGUUUUGGAGUGGAGAGGGCGGACGUCACGCCCCACCUACCCAGCGAGGGCGGUGGGGUGGACGUCGGGCCUUACACACCAUGUCAUGUUUAACACAUAGUAGUAGGGUUUUCACGACCAAUAUCCGCAAUAGAAGUUUUUUUUGGGUUAGAUCAUGCAUAUAUAAAUCUUGUCAUUAAACCUGCCACCACCACCCGACACAGCCAUUCGUCAAUGGUUUGUCACAUAAACCAGACAUGUCAAUUUGUUUAUAGAUCGGCACUAACCGGUGUGUUGGAGAGUAAACCUACAGUUUUCUAAAAUAUAACACUUUUUUAGUUUACCAGGUAAGGCCCACCAAGCUAUAUAGCUCUUUAUCAGAAGUGAUUUUGCCACAAACGAUAACUCAACGAAGUGGCUUAUGUGAACAUUUCUAUCAGCCAAAUACUUUAAACGCAUGUUUCUAAAUGUGGAGGGAAACACCAGAGGACCCAGAGAAAAAUCUACGCGGCCACUGGGAAAGAAAGGCAUGCAAACUCCAAAUAUACAGCAGGCGUCAGGGUGGGGAUCGAAGCGACGACUUCCUGCAUACCAGGCGACGUAGUUAACAUCUCCUUGUCACCAUGACGCCAACGGGUAGGUAGUUGCGCAGAUGUCCCACACGGUGACUUACGCCUACCACCGUGCCAUCUUGUACGUUCACACGAGGCGAUCGGAGCAUUCGUUUUGCUGACACUCCACCAGUUCCGGACUUUCGUAACUCGUGACCGGUUUUCAAAUCGGUUACCGGUUUGGUGGUUGUCGUUUAACAAACCAUGUUUAAAAAUCGCAGCUGACCUUUUCUUCAUUAAAACCCAGACCAGGUUGGCUGGUUUAAAAAAAUUAUAUCUGUGAUGGAUAUGUAAUUAAAUUAAUUAAUAAAUGCAAGAAUAUUAUGUGUAACAUGUGUAAUGUAUAUAGUCUACACAAUGUAAUUGUGUAGUCUACAUGCUGUGUCAUUGUGUAGUCUACACAAUGUCACUGUGUAGUCUACAUGCUGUGUCAAUGUGUAGUCUACACGAUGUGUUAGUGUGUAGUGUACACGCUGUGUCACUGUAGUCUACACGAUGUGUCUGUGUAGUCUACACGAUGUCACUAUGUAGUCUACACAAUGUCACUGUAUAGUCUUUACGCUGUCAUUGUGUAGUCAACAUGCUGUCACUGUAUCGUCUACACGCUGUGACUGUAGUCUGUAUGGUGUGUAGCUGUGUCGUGCGCGCUCUGUAACCGUGUCUGCAGUUAAUACGCAUUGCUAAAAUCAUACUCAUUCUCAUUGUAUGCGGUAAUUACCCAUGUUAUAAAGCAUAGGCCUGAGACACCAUUUCGUACCAUUUAGAAUGUUUUUUGCGUUAAUUAAGCUCUGGGUUUGGUACAGGUUGGGUGGUCAGGGAAAUGUUGAAUUUGAAAACGCAUCACGUUACUUAAUAUUAACACAAUAAUUACACUGGUCAACACACUUUUUCUGGCAUAAGGUAUUCCAACGGUUUUAAGGUAAUUUUGGGGUGCCGAUUCCAAAUCUGGUUUUUGAGAUAUCAAAUAUUGCAUUUUCAAUAAAAAACUGCAGAAGAAAAAUAUUAAAUAAAUGUGGAUAUCUACAUAAAAUUAUAUUAUAAACACACUAUCCUAAAAAUACAGCACCAUAUUUUAACACUAAAGCAGUCACUGACUCGCAACAAUUUGCAAUCAUAAGUGACAGAGUUAAUUUUGGUUAAAAUCAAUGAAAAUGGGGUAUGCCGAUAGCAUAAAAAUGAGAUGUGAUAGAGCAAAUCUGAGAUCAGAUUUGGAAUCAGCACCCUGAAAUUAGUCUAAAACAGCUGCAAAAGUCCAGGCCAGUGUUAUUAGGUAGUGGUUAUUUUGUGUUAUCCAUUACAGUAUUAUGGUCGCUUUGUGUGGUGGAUUUGUGCCAGAAGGGCGCCACGUGUUAAACAAAAAUAAAUCGACUUGGCUUGA